AAACAAACGCCGGUCAUUUUGCCGCCCGCCAUAAUAAUUUCUUUGGCUUUGGCGUUAACGUUUGCUGUAAACAAUUUACAACCGUUUUAGCUCAAAAAUAAAAUACUAAAAUGUCUGAUGACGGAUCCACAGUUGUAGAGAAGAAAGGUCGUGGAAGGCCAAAAGCCAAUGGAACACAAUCGGAAGCGAAAGCUGACACUAAAAAAAGAGGCAGACCCGCCGCACCUGCGAAAACGAAAGAGUCUGCAAAAUCCUCUGAUGAUGAGCAGGCACCGGUAGCAAAGAGAGGCCGAGGCAGGCCAAAGGGUUCCAAAAAAAAGGCAGCUAAAUCAAAGAGUGCCCCAGUUGAAGGUCGCGGACGUGGGCGGCCGCGCAAAGAUGCCCCUCCACCUAAGAAAGAUGCUGCUUCCACUGAGGAGGAACAAGACGAAGAUGAAGAAGAGGAAGGCUCUGACCAGUAACUUGCGUUUGUUUCCGGAACAACACUCACUUUAGUGUAAUUUGUUUGUCACGAUAACUCUGUUGUUUUUCUUUGUGGCAUUACAUUGGUUUUGUUAUGGAACACAUUUGUAAAUUACGGAUCAUCAACAGUUUAUUCUUAACUAUAGGGUUAUCUUGACAGUACAAAAUUCUCAGAGGUCUAUCCAAUCUUUAAUCAUGUGAAAAGAGUGGUAGCUCAUGGGAAACUUAGAGUUCUCACUGCAUUUACUUGGAUAUUUUGUUUACUAACAUGAGUAAAUGUUGGGCUGACAUAGCUCUCCUUAGACACGUACAACUAUAAGGUAUAAUUUUUAAGAACUUUUUUGUAGAUUUAUUCUAUUCUAAUAGGUAACUUGUAAUCUCUUGAUUUAUGUAAGAAAAAAUGAUUCAUACAUUUUUGUAGAAUAAGAAUAUGACAUCAAAGUCUAGUAUUAUUUUUUUAUGAUAUAUAUUUUGAUUCCUACUUUUGAUCUUAUGAUUUUUCCCUUUGGAAAUUCAUACCACAUGCAACAAUUUUGAAUUGGCAUAUGUAUUGGUUUUGUAUAAAUAGAUUCAUUCGUAGUGGACCUGUGUUCCAUAAAUUAGUAAUCAGUAGUAAUCAAUAUGGGUAGUGCCAUUUUGUAUUCAAAACUUGUUUUAUAUUUGGAUCGGACUGAAAAAUCAUUGUUUUAAAAUGACAUUUACUGUGUGUAUGUGCGUGAAUGUACAAUUUUAGAGAAAUAUAAAUAAAUCUAUGAAAUAA